AUGGCGUCAUCCUUAUGUCAAACCCACUACGAAAUAUUGGGCAUCACCCAUCAAGCACAGCUGAAGGAAGUAAGAGAUGCGUACCGCAAGUUGGCUCUGAAAUGUCACCCGGACAAAGAUCCUCGCAAUCCUCGAGCCGUUGCAGCCUUCCAAAAGCUCGGCGCAGCGUAUGAGACUCUCUCCGACGAGAACCGUCGAGCGAAAUAUGACGGAACCCUCUCAUCAAGCCAAAAGGCAAGGCAACCGCCACAGCCAGCUAAUUGGCCAUCUCAGAGAUCGUCCGAUCCCGAUGCUCCUACCCGUGCGUGGCAAGAAGACAUGCGAAAGCGGACUUGGGACUGGUCGAGGAGAGCACAAGAGAGGGCAGACCAAGCACGCCGUGAAGACGAUGAAUACUGGAGUGGCCCGACUUAUGCGCAUGGUGCUACUGAUCGCAGUGGAUGGGGCAAGCAAUGGGAUCGGGAACAGAAGGAUAGGUACGAUCUUUUUGAGCAUCAGCAGCGACAGCGUGCAGCUCGCAAGGAAGCUCGCAAGGAGGCGGAAAGGACGAAACGUGAUCUUAGUACACCACCACCACGAGAUCGGGAGAAAGCCGAAAGAGAGAGGCGUGAAGACGGUGGAUAUUGGGGCAAACCGACGUCCCCACAGCAACCUGACCCAGACUGGCCAGACAAGGUAGAGAAGGAAUUCCAAGAAAGACUCGAGAAGGAGAAGAAAGAACGAGCAGAUCGCAAGAAGGCAGAAAGAGAGCAAUCCGAAAAGAAAUGGCCGGCUGAGCUAGUGCUUCUGCUCUCCAAUAUCAUCAGCAUCGGUGCCGAAAUUGACAAAACACAAGUCAAGGUGGAUGAGUCUUUAAGGGCAACGAAGGAUGAAAGAGAAGACGAGGAUUACGAGCAGAUCUUUCAUCUACCAAUCAAGCGAAAAUCUCUGGAAAGACGUCUCAAUGAGUGCCUAGACGAGUACAAGCGGGUAGUAAAAUUGCUAAGAGCUCGGGGGCGGGAGCAAGAGGCUACUGAAGCCGACGUCAAGCUGCGAGAGGCAAGGAAAGAGGUCGCAAGAGGUGACAGAGCAAGUCGCAAAAGAAGCUCCCAAGGAGAGCAAGCCGAGUCAACAACGGAGACAAAGACGAAAAGGAAAGCAAAGAAGGACCAAAUGAAGCCGUCGGUCAACAAUGAAGGCUCUUUACCCAAUCAAAACUUGGGUGCACCUCACCCAUCCGAAUGUGGGAGCAAGCGUAGCAACGCUGGACAGCCAUUUCUAAAAACGAUGCCGCCCCUGUAUGACGGGCAAAGUGAUGAAGACACGACCCGGCAGCAACAACCCUCUCGUGAAGACGUGACUAACCCAAGAGUGAGCUACGACGGCUCUGAUCCCGACCGAGGCUUCACUGAGGCUACGCCCGAACCUUCGAUUGCUGGCGACGAUGAUGAUGACAGUGACGAGGAUUACGACCCUCCUUUCUGCAACGACUUUCACGAUUCUCACAUGGAAGUACACCGAGAUCUGACCAUGGAGCCCUACGACCUCCUUGUCAUCAACGGUCUAGUCGUCACUGCCUCUGAUAUCGGCCACUAUGACAUCGCCAUUAAGGACGAGAAGAUAGCCCUUCUAGCCCCAAAGGGCUCGUUGGCCGAAAUCGCAGCAAAGAGAGUCAUUGAUGCUGAAGGUGGAUAUGUCAUGCCGGGAGGCGUCGAUGCUCACGUUCACCUUGACGAACCGCCGCUUUUUGGUAAAGGAAAAACUGCAGACGAUUAUGAAACAGGAACCAGAUCAGCUAUCUGCGGCGGCACAACCACAGUCGUAACAUUCGCGCCUCAAAGCAAAAGCGAUCCCUCCCUUCUCUCCGUCCUGCAACAAACCCACGUCAAAGCAAAUAAGAACUGCUACACAGAUUACUCCUUCCACCUCCUCAUCUCCAAUCCUACCCCAGACGUCCUCUCCGAGUUUUCUGCCCUUCGCGAACAGGGUAUCUCGAGUUUGAAGAUCUACAUGACAUACGAAGCUCUCCAACUCCGCGACAACCAGAUCCUAGACGUCCUUCUGGAAGCGCGCAGGAAUGGUAUCACGACAUUGAUCCACGCCGAAAAUGGGGAUAUACUCUCGUGGAUGACUGAACAACUGGAGAGCAGAGGAUUGUAUGCGCCGAAGUACCACGCUACAUCCCGUCCUCAGAUUGUGGAAACGGAGGCUACGAAUCGUGCCAUCGCUCUGUCUUCUAUCAUCGACACACCUAUCCUGAUUGUACAUGUCUCUUCUCCAUCAGCAGCGAAGCAUAUCAGGCAUGCACAGACCAAGGGAUUACCGAUUUAUGCGGAGACAUGCCCGCAAUACCUCUUUCUGACCCAUUCCGAUCUCGAUAAACCAGGAUUCGAGGGCGCCAAAUGCGUCUGUUCACCACCGCCCCGCGAGGGAUCAGAGGACCACGAGGCCAUUUGGCGCGGUCUUUCGAAUGGCACUUUCACUAUACUCUCAUCGGAUCACUGCCCUUUCGACUACGACGACCGUGAAGCGGGCAAGAAAAGCGUGCUUAUUGAGGGAUACCCAGAAGGCAGAUUCAGAUAUAUACCGAAUGGCUGCCCCGGUGUGGAGACAAGAUUAUCGCUUGUCCUUGGGGAAGGGGAGGAAAGACUGGGGUUAAGCAAAUUUGUGGAAGUCACGAGUACGAAUGCGGCGAAGUUGUAUGGGCUCUAUCCCAAAAAAGGAACAUUACUGCCGGGAUUGAGUGAUGCGGAUUUGUGUAUCUGGUAUCCCGAGGGAACGUUGGAGCCAUUCAGGGUGAGUAACGGACAGCUGCAUCAUCACGUCGACUAUACGCCUUAUGAGGGAAGGGAAGUGGGGAAUUGGCCGAGGUGGACAAUCUUGAGAGGGAAAGUCAUGUGGGCGCGCGAUGAAGGAGGAAUAGUGGGUGAGAAAGGCUUUGGAGAAUUUAUCCGGAGAGGAGCGAGUGUGAUGGCAAAGAGAGGAGAGAAAGAUGAUUGGGAGGUGGAAAGGUUGUAG